CACCUCCAUACAACAUUUUUGAGUUUUCCAUCAGCCUCACUUUUUUUCUCUCUUUCCCUUUUCACACUCUGUUAAAUUUUAACAUGUCCUUCCAUGAAAAACCCUCAAAACCCGAAGUGUAACUCGUUGUUAUUCACAGCCAAGACUGCUAGGGGUUUCAAUGGAGAGCACCGACUCAUCCACUACGGGCUCGCAGCAGCACCAGCACCACCAGCCGAAUCUGCCGCCGGGGUUUCGAUUCCAUCCGACCGACGAAGAGCUGGUGAUUCACUACCUGAAGAAGAAAGCAACGUCUGCUCCUCUUCCCGUUGCCAUCAUCGCCGAAGUUGAUCUCAAGUUCGAUCCUUGGGAGCUUCCAGCUAAAGCUACGUUUGGAGAGCAGGAAUGGUAUUUUUUCAGUCCAAGGGAUCGGAAAUAUCCGAACGGAGCUCGGCCGAAUCGGGCGGCGACGUCGGGGUAUUGGAAAGCCACCGGAACUGAUAAGCCCGUGUUGGCUUCUGGCGGUACUCAGAAAGUCGGUGUGAAGAAAGCGCUGGUUUUCUAUGGAGGUAAACCCCCAAAAGGGAUUAAAACCAAUUGGAUUAUGCAUGAAUAUCGGCUUGCAGAGACCAAAGUUUGUAAUAAACCUCCUGGAUUCGACUUGGGCAAGAAGAAUUCUUUAAGGCUUGAUGAUUGGGUAUUAUGUCGAAUCUACAAGAAGAACAACGCGCAUAGAUCGAUGGAUCCUGAAAGGGAAGACUCCAUGGAUGAUAUGAUGGGACCCAUACCUCAAUCGAUAAGCAUGGGCCCAUGUCUACACCACCAGCACCAGCUCCAACACCACCACCAUCAUCAUCAGAAUUUAAAAUUUCAACUUCCAAAGGCCGCGACAACAACAGCAACAGCAGCAGCAACAAGCAGCAGCUUCGGAGCACUGAUCGAAAACGACCACAAUUUCUUUGAAGGGAUGUUGAACAAUGAUUCAACCAUGUCUCAGCAGUUCGUAUCAUCUUCCACAACCUCAACACAACCACCACCACCAGAGCUUAAUCCUAAUAAUAAUAAUUCUAUCAUCUCACCCACCAACAAUACAUUCUCUCUUAAAAGAGCGCUUCCACCAGGGUUGUACUGGAACGAUGUUGAUGAAGAUGAAGCUGGACCAUCGACGAGCAAAAGACUGCAAUUUGAUAACACUACCGAUGGGAAUAAUGCUGUUUUAAGGUCAUCCACUACCACGACGACGACGACAACGACGACGGAUGGGAAUGGGAAUGGGAAUGGAAAUGGACCGACUUCCAUUGCCGCUCUGCUUGGUCAGCUUCCGCAGACUCCACCGUUGCACCAGCAAGCAAUGCUAGGCUCUUUGGGAGAUGGGUUGUUUCGAGCUCCUCCUUAUCAACUUCCUGGAAUGAAUUGGUAUUCUUAGUUCGGAAAUUUCUAAGAAAAUUAUUGAUGGGUUUUUAAUUUGUUGGCUGCUCUCAUGUUUUAUUAUUUUAUAUAUAUAUAUAUAUAUAUAAAUAUAUAUAUGUGCAUGCUGCCUCUUAGGAGAAAUAUAUAAUUUGUAUAUUCAUCAGAAUUUGCUUCAGGUGGAAGGAUUGCCACCCAAAAAAAAAGCCAGAUGCUGUUAUAUACAAUAUUGGUGGGAAAUUAAUUAGUCUUGGAUUAGUUUGAAAAGAUUUGGAUUGGGUAUUGAACAGAGAGAUUUUGGGUUUUGUUAGGAAAUCAACCAAAAAAAAAAAAACACGUACAUUUGGCCUCAAAUAUAAUUUCGUUCUGUGUACGAGGCCAUAGCAAUAUAAAAUUUAUUCAUAAUUUGUUGUUUUUGAUGCAAAGAAGAGUUUCAAGACCAAGAUGCUUUUCAUUGUAGAAAAAAUAAAACAGGUUAGUUAUAUUAUUAUUUAUUA